AUGAGAAUGAGAUUGAGAAAGCAUGAAUGGCUAAGGACUACAGUGUUGCGUGCCUGCUACUGCACCUUCUCCUCUCCAUUCCCUCAAAAGCACGUCACAAAAUCAAACUUCGAGUCCGCAGCCGCUGACCUCAAAAACCAUGUGAAAGCCGCUGAUUUCGUGGCCGUCGACUUGGAGAUGACAGGAGUGAGCAGCGCACCAUGGCGCGACUCCAUGGAGUUUGACCGCUUCGAUGUCAAGUACCUUAAAGUUAAAGAUUCAGCGGAGAAAUUUGCUGUUAUCCAAUUCGGUGUUUGCCCCUUUCGGUGGGACCCACUUCGACUCUCCUUCAUCGCUCACCCGCACAAUUUCUUUAUAUUUCCCGCUCAUGAUGAGCUUCCAACAGAUGCUGCUUCUUCCUCGCAUGACUUCCUUUGCCAGACAUCGUCCUUGGAUUUCUUGGCUAAAUAUGAUUUUGAUUUCAAUGCCUGCAUUCGCCAAGGAGUGUCUUAUUUAUCUCGACGGCAAGAAGAUGAAGCCUUAAGGCGCUUGAAUUUGCGGUAUCAGAAUGAGUUGUCACAACAAGUUAGAGAUGUGCCAUUGGUCAGCAUGACGGAUAUUCUGUUCAGCGAAAGAAUGAAGAAUAGGUUGAGUGAAUGGCGUGAUGAUUUAUUGAAAGGUACAAGUGGGAGAUCUCAGUUUCAAGGAUCAGUAAAUGACACGAAUAAACAAUUUCAGACCCUUUUCUACAAGAUGCGUCCGGCUCUUUCUCUGAAUGGUUUCACUUCACAUCAGCUUAAGUUGACACAAUUGGUCACUAAGAAGCACUUUAAAGAUCUUGCUUCUGUUCGUGUUGAAGGUGAAAGUUCUUGUUCCCAGCUGGUUGUUGUAUAUACAGACUCAGAGGCUGAUAGGGACUUGCUUAAGGUAAGGGAACACAGGCUGAUACAAAUGCCAAGAACCCUCUCAGCUUAUCUUAGUUUUUGGCAGAAAGAAGUUAUGGAUGACAAUCGUAGAGGUGCAGAGAUGAAAAUCAAAGCUACAAUUGGGUUUCGCCAUAUUAUUGACCUCCUUUCCUCUGAAAAGAAGUUGAUUGUCGGUCACAAUUGUUUCUUGGAUUUAGCACAUAUAUACAGCAAAUUCUUGGGUCCGCUUCCAUUGGAUGCUGAAGAAUUUGUCUCCUCUGUUAACAAAUGUUUUCCCUACAUCAUUGACACUAAAAUACUCUUGAAUACCAACAAUAUACUCAAACAAAAGAUGAAGAAAUCAAAGACAUCACUCUCCUCGGCCUUUUUAUCUCUCUGUCCACAAAUUGCUUAUGCUUCUAAGGAAAGUUGUGAUCUGACUUUUAGCUCAUCUGUUAAAGUGGAGGUUCAAGUGGAUGAUACGAGGUCUUCCAACUGGAAUUUUGGAGUCAAACAUGAAGCUGGAUAUGAUGCAUUCAUGACUGGGUGCAUCUUUGCCCAGGCUUGCAGUCUUCUAGGCAUUGAUUUUAAACUUUAUUUGCCAUCUGAGAAUUUGGCUUAUAAUGAGAAGCUCUGGAAGCAUGUUAACCUUCUAUAUCUCAGUUGGAUUAAUGGAGACAUUAUUGAUUUAAGCACCGGACAUAGGACUGCAGAGUCUUUGAGAUGUAAUGACUUCAAGAAGUGGCCGACAAGGAUUCUGUUUGAGAACAUUGUUUUAGUCUGGGGAUUUCCAUCUAAACUCAAGACAGGGGUAAUAAAAGAUUGCAUCUCCAGAGUCUUUGGCCCAACCUCGGUUACAUCAAUCUAUCGUCUGGAUGAAACUGCAGUUUUUGUGCAAUUCAGUGAGGUAAAUUUAGUCUCUGAUUUUCUAGUUGUGAAAGAAACCCUGGAGAGAAGUCAUGAUGCACUUGCUGUUGUGCAUCCUCUGUCAAAACUGUUGGAAGGAGGAAAUACUUGUGCUGCUAGUUACGAAACUUAUAAAGAUAUCUGCAGUUCACCCAUCUCGAAAGUUCUCUUUGCGGAUCAGGCAGAGGCAGUUGGUAUUAGAGGGAAGACCAUACUGGUAGAAUCAAAAGAAGAGUUAGAAACCAAAGAGCAGGACACUUUCCAUGAAGAAACUAUAGCAAAUGCUAAAUCAGUUUCUGUGUUACAGAACAAGACAGGAUGGAAACAUACAGUAAAGGAUGCAUCAAGUACUCGACCAUCAAGUGAUGAGGUUAUUGAUUCUUUCUGUGUUGCAGGAGUCGAACAGAUUAGAGCUACCAGUCCUUGA